CGCCUACACCUACUCGUUGCUGCACGCACACCGGGCGAUUCCCGCCCUCGUGCCACGGCGCUGCUCGCGGUGCCACGGCCAUGAAACACGACUGUACGUACGUACAUAUAGAUAGAAGCUGCCCCGGCCUUCUGGCCUCGGCACCACCAUGGCCCAACUGACUCUGCGUGCUUCCACCAAUGGCGCCGCGGCGUCAUGUCCACGUCGCCUGCCGUGUCCCGGCAGCCUGAGCGUGAGCCUGACAGCGUUUGGGGUACCUGGUCCCCCUUUGCCGUGCUCUCUUCAGCCCUGAGCAAAUCCACCGCCACCCAGCCCGCCGCCUCGCCCUCUGCCUCUCGCAAAAGGCCUCUGCUCCACCCGCAUCGCGCCUGCUCGACGCCUCGCGCGCCAAGUCGCUGACGCAAUGCCGCCAUAUUGCUUUCUCGAGGAGAAUUCCAUCCGCGCUGCCCACGUGCAUACCGUCGCCCGGCCGUGGCUGGGGCUGGGGCUGGGGCCUGCGCUG